AUGGAGAGACGCCGGUCUAAGAGUCCACCUAUUGACUUUGAACAUGAUCAGCAGUCAGCUGAUCACAGGAUCAAUCAGCAAAGACCAGAUCCCUCUGGAAUUACAUCUGUUUCCAUGAAGAGUGACCAGUCUAAGGGUCGACUUAUUGACUUUAAAGAUGAACAGCAGUCUGUUGAUCCAGGACUUCAGCAGCAGAUUUCAGUGGUUUCCAGUCAUCAGUCUGAACAGCAGCAUCACAAAGAACUGGACUCCAUAUUCAUGGAGAACAUGGUCAGUUUUAUGAAGAAGGAGCUGAAGAAGAUCCAGAAGGUUGUGAGUCCAGAUUACCCAGAAUGCUCAGAGAGUCAGACGGAGGAUGAGGAGGUGUUGGAGGGUGAGGAUGAAGAGCAGAGGAGGAGCAGCAGAGAUUUAUUGGUGAAGAUGACAGUGAACUUCCUGAGGAGAAUGAAGCAGGAGGAGCUGGCUGACUGUCUGCAGAGCAGAACUGUUGCUCCAGAGUGUGGACGUAAAGUUAAAUCUAGACUGAAGAAGAAGUUCCAGUGUGUGUUUGAGGGGAUUGCUAAAGCUGGAAACUCAACCCUUCUGAAUGAGACCUACACAGAGCUCUACAUCACAGAAGGAGGGACUGCAGAGGUCAAUGAUGAACAUGAGGUCAGACAGAUUGAAACAGCAUCCAGGAAACCACACAGAGCAGAAACAAGCAUCAGACAAGAAGACCUCUUUAAAGCCUCACCUGGAAGACAUGGACCAAUCAGAAGAGUGAUGACAAAGGGAGUGGCUGGCAUUGGGAAAACAGUCUUAACACAGAAGUUCACUCUGGACUGGGCUGAAGACAAAGCCAACCAGGACAUCCUCUUCAUAUUUCCAUUGACUUUCAGAGAGCUGAAUAUGGUGAAAGAGAGAAAGUUCAGCUUGGUGGAACUUGUUCAUCACUUCUUCACUGAAACCAAAGAAGCAGGAAUCUGCAGCUUUGAAGACUUCCAGGUUGUGUUCAUCUUUGACGGUCUGGAUGAGUGUCGACUUCCUCUGGACUUCCACAAGACUGAGAUCCUGACUGAUGUUACAGAGUCCACCUCAGUGGUUGUGCUGCUGACAAACCUCAUCAGGGGAAAACUACUUCCCUCUGCUCGCCUUUGGAUAACCACACGACCUGCAGCAGCCAAUCAGAUCCCUCCUGAGUGUGUUGACAUGGUGACAGAGGUCAGAGGGUUCACUGACCCCCAGAAGGAGGAGUACUUCAGGAAGAGGUUCAGAGAUGAGGAGCAGGCCAGCAGGAUCAUCUCCCACAUCAAGACAUCACGAAGCCUCCACAUCAUGUGUCACAUCCCAGUCUUCUGCUGGAUCACUGCUACAGUUCUGGAGGAUGUGUUGGAAACCAGAGAGGGAGGAGAGCUGCCCAAGACCCUGACUGAGAUGUACAUCCACUUCCUGGUGGUUCAGGCCAAAGUCAAGAAGGUCAAGUAUGAUGGAGGAGCUGAGACAGAUCCACACUGGAGUCCAGAGAGCAGGAAGAUGGUUGAGUCUCUGGGAAAACUGGCUUUUGAUCAGCUGCUGAAAGGAAACCUGAUCUUCUAUGAAUCAGACCUGACAGAGUGUGGCAUCGAUAUCAGAGCAGCCUCAGUGUACUCAGGAGUGUUCACACAGAUCUUUAAAGAGGAGAGAGGCCUGUACCAGGACAAGGUGUUCUGCUUCGUCCAUCUGAGCGUUCAGGAGUUUCUGGCUGCUCUUCAUGUCCAUCUGACCUUCAUCAACUCUGAUGUCAACCUGAUGGAAGAACAACAAACUACAUCUCUGAAGUCAAAACCCUUUAGGAACAAACUUAAACUACCACAUCUCCAUCAGAGUGCUGUGGACAAGGCCUUACAGAGUCCAAAUGGACACCUGGACUUGUUCCUCCGCUUCCUCCUGGGUCUUUCACUGCAGACCAAUCAGACUCUCCUACGAGGCCUGCUGACACAGACAGGAAGAAGUAGAUCACAGACCAAUCAGAAAACAGUCCAGUACACCAAGAAGAAGAUCAGUGAGAAUGUGUCUGCAGAGAGAAGCAUCAAUCUGUCUCACUGUCUGAAUGAACUGAAUGAUGGUUCUCUAGUGAAGGAGAUCCAACAGUCCCUGAGAUCAGGACGUCUCUCCACAGAUGAACUGUCUCCUGCUCAGUGGUCAGCUCUGGUCUUCGUCUUACUGUCAUCAGGAGAAGAUCUGGAUGAGUUUGACCUGAAGAAAUACUCUGCUUCAGAGGAGGCUCUUCUGAGGCUGCUGCCAGUGGUCAAAGCCUCCAACAAAGCUCUGCUGAGCAGUUGUAACCUCUCAGAGAGAAGCUGUGAAGCUCUGUCCUCAGUUCUCAGCUCCCAGUCCUCCAGUCUGAGAGAGCUGGACCUGAGUAACAACAACCUGCAGGAUUCAGGAGUGAAGCUGCUGUCUGCUGGACUGGAGAGUCCUCACUGUAAACUGGAAACUCUCAGGUCAGGAUACAACUGCUUGUUGAUCAAUUCAUCCAACCCCUCCCAUCUGAGACAGCUGGACCUGAGCUACAACCAUCCAGGAGACAAGGGAGUGAAGCUGCUGUCUGCUGGACUGGAGGAUCCACUCUGGAGACUGGACACUCUCAGGAUGGAACAUGGCGGAGAGCAGAGGUUAAAAACUGAUGUGAGAAAGUAUUUCUGUGAACUUGAAGUCGACAUAAACUCAGUCAACAGAAACCUCAAACUAUCUGACAACAACAGGAAGUUGACAUUUGUCAGAAAGGAGCAGCCAUAUCCUGAUCAUCCAGACAGAUUUGACAGUUGUUAUCAGCUGCUGUGUGGAAAUGUUGUGACUGGUCGAUGUUACUGGGAGGUUGAGUGGAGAGGAGUGGUUUAUAUAUCAGUGAGUUACAGAGGAAUCAGAAGGAGAGGAAACAUGAAUGACAGCUGGUUUGGAUGUAAUGAUCAGUCCUGGAGUCUGAGCUGCUCUGAUGGACGUUACUCUGUUUGGCACAAUGACAUAAAAACAUCCAUCCCCUCGUACUCUGUCUCUAACAGAGUCUCAGUGUAUGUGGACUGUCCUGCUGGAACUCUGUCCUUCUACAGAGUCUCCUCUAACAAACUGAUCUACCUCCACACCUUCAACACCACAUUCACUCAACCUCUCUAUGCUGGAUUUAGAUUGUGGCGAUAUGGUUCCUCAGUGUCUCUGUGUUCUCUGUAGGAACGAGAGUCUUUGAAGUUUCAACUCUGAGGUUUAAGUGUUGAUCGUAGAUUUUUUUUCUUUGGUUUACAAUUGAAUCACUGAUAAUGAUUUUAUGUUAGAAUAUGUUUGAUUUUAGAAGCAGUGAAAUGAUCUCCAAACCGCUGAACUCUGGACUGACUCUGACGAUUACUUCUAUCUGAAUAAUCCUGGACACAUUAACACUAAAUUGAAAGAAAGAAAGAACGAAAGAAAGAAAGAAAGAAAGAAAGAAAGAAAGAAAGAAAGAAAGAAAGAAAGAAAGAAAGA